AUGAGGGAGGAAGCCAUGAAGACAACCAAGACUAAAAGUUCACGCCGAGCGGUGUUCAGAGUCUCCAAGAGAGUGUUACGUCACCGCUGCUUGUUCAAGUUUCGACCACGACGAGCGAAGAAGAUCCAGACCCGGAGUAAGAAGGCGGCCAAUCGAGUCACGGGCGCUUUGGUUGCAUGUGGAGAGAUGAACGUCAGAGAGGAUGAAGUUUGGGGGGUCGUCUCUGGGAUGGAGGAGCUGAAUCUUGUUCGAGGUGGGGGGUGA